AUGGAAAGCGGAUCAAACAUCACUCCCAUUGACCAGCCUCUAGAUGGCAAGAUCCUCCUCAUCACCGGAGGUGCAUCAGGCAUCGGUCUAUCUGUAACGAAGCAAGCACAAGCUCUCGGCACACGCGUGCUUGUAGCCGAUAUCAAGACCACCCCGGACUUUGACACCUUUGCUGCCGGCAAACCCAACAUCCUCUACGUCAAAACUGAUGUGACUCGUUGGAACGACUUGGAAAAGCUCUUCGAUGAAUGUGAGAAGAAGUGGAAUGAUGUUCCGGAUGCAUAUGCCAUCUGUGCAGGGCUGUUCGACCCACC